GAUGAAUGUGCAAACUACAUCCGUGUCCUUCACCGAUACAACAGAACACAUCUUUUGGCUUGUGGAACAGGAGCUUUUGAUCCGCUCUGUACUUUUAUUAGAGCUGGACAUCCAUCAGAGGAUCAUCUGUUUCAACUGGAAUCACACAAAUUUGAGAGAGGACGAGGCAGGUGCCCUUUUGACCCCAGUUCUUCCUUCACCUCCAUCUUAAUUGGUGGUGAACUUUUUACUGGUCUCUACAGUGACUACUGGGGAAGAGAUGCUGCUCUAUUUCGCACCAUGAAUCGCAUGGCCCAUCUCCGAACCGAACCUGAUAGUGAACGCCUGUUGAAAGAACCAAAAUUCGUUGGCUCUUACAUGAUUCCCGACAAUGAAGACCAUGAUGAUAACAAAGUAUAUUUCUUCUUUACUGAAAAAGCAUUAGAGGCCGAGACAAAUACUCAUGCCAUAUAUACCAGAUUGGGACGCGUAUGUGCGAAUGAUAUGGGAGGCCAGCGAAUGCUCGUGAAUAAAUGGAGCACUUUCCUCAAAACCAGGCUAGUGUGCUCUGUGCCUGGGAGAAACGGAAUUGAUACACAUUUUGAUGAAUUAGAGGAUGUGUUUUUGCUGCAAACUCGUGAUAACAAAAAUCCAGUGAUAUUUGGCCUCUUCAACACUACAAGCAAUAUAUUUAGAGGAUAUGCUAUAUGUGUUUACCACAUGGCAAGUGUCCGAGCAGCUUUCAAUGGACCAUAUGCUCAUAAAGAAGGACCUGAAUACCACUGGGCUCUGUAUGAAGGAAAAGUACCUUAUCCUAGACCUGGUUCAUGUGCCAGCAAGGUGAAUGGUGGUCUGUACACUACGACUAAAGAUUAUCCUGAUGAAGCUAUCCAUUUUGCCAGGAGUCAUCCACUGAUGUAUCAGCCCAUCAAGCCUGUUCAUAAGAGACCAAUACUAGUUAAGACAGAUGGAAAGUACAAUCUUAAACAAAUAGCAGUGGACAGAGUGGAAGCUGAAGAUGGGCAAUAUGACGUCUUGUUCAUUGGCACAGAUAACGGAAUUGUGCUGAAAGUCAUUACAAUUUACAAUCAAGAGACAGAAUCAAUGGAAGAAGUGAUUCUUGAAGAGCUGCAAGUAUUCAAGGUGCCAGUUCCUAUUAUUUCUAUGGAAAUCUCCUCUAAAAGGCAACAGCUCUACAUUGGAUCUGAGUCAGUCAUAGCGCAAGUGAAGUUCCACCAGUGUGACAUGUACGGCACCGCCUGUGCGGACUGCUGCCUUGCUCGAGAUCCGUACUGUGCUUGGGAUGGGAUCUCCUGCUCCCGAUACUACCCCACAGGAAUGCAAGCAAAGAGACGCUUCCGCCGACAAGAUGUUCGACAUGGAAAUGCAGCGCAGCAGUGUUUUGGCCAGCAGUUCAUUGGUAAUCUACUCACAGCUUUACAAAUUGCUAGCAAAUGCCUGAAACGGAGAACACAGACUUUGCCAAGA